UAGACGAACGGAAGUUUAACGGCAAAAAACUGGGAUAAUUAAAACAAAAAGUACUAAUAUUAAGCAAAGCAGCUGUGGCACAGUUUUGUAAAAGCAAGUGAAAUGUUCCGAAUCAAAUGUGCGCGUGAAUCGUGUUUGCAAAACCGCAACUUCCGCAGUCUACUGCUGCUUCCGCUUGCGCUACUAUUUUUCGACAAAAGUUCCGGUAUCUCAAUCGAGGCGGACACUGCAAAGCAUUCUCCUACAGCGGACGUUGACUCUUCGACGAAUAUCUCCACAGCCAAUGGGGUGCCACGUUCGCUUCGUCUCCCAAACACCACAUAUCCCUUACAUUAUUACCUACACAUUAUAUCGAAUAUACAUCGCGAAGAGUUCGAGUAUGUUGGUAAUGUUACUAUUGAAAUCGCGAUACGCGAAUCCACCAACGAAAUCGUAUUGCAUGCAAAGAAUCUCAGCGAUUUCGCGAUUUCAAUGCUUGAGCUACACACUCACGAGAAACUGGACGACCUCACAUAUACAUACGAUCCGCAUGCUAGCUUCUUAAUCAUACACCCGAUCGAGAACUAUCAAGCCUUUGAAGCUGGUCAACACUAUCGCUUGGAAAUAUUAUUCAAGGGUUUAAUGCAUGAGGACACCUUCGGAAUCUACUGGAUGAUCUACAGUGAUCAGAAAAAUAAUACAGUUUAUGUGACGGCUACGCAAUUCGAGCCAACCAGUGCCCGCUUGGCCUUCCCCUGCUAUGAUGAACCAUCAUUCAAGGCAAACUUCACUAUCAGCCUCACGCACAGCAAUUAUUACACAGCCAUCUCAAAUAUGAUGGUGCGUCAAAUUGAACCGAAUAUUGACGCAAAUGCAGCACUCGAUGACAACGAUACAUCAAUGGUGACAACCACGUUCCACACCACGCCCGCCAUUUCCACUUACUUGGUCGCAUUUGUCAUUUCCGAUUUCGUGUACAUUUCGGAGGAAUAUCGCGGUGUCGUCCAACGCAUAUUCACCUCACCUCGCAUCGCCGAUAAGGGGCGCAAAGCUUUGAAGAAUGCUGUGCACACGGUCGCCAUGUUGGAAGACUACUUUGGCAUCGAUUAUCCGUUAGCGAAAUUAGAUCACAUUGCAUUGAAGAAAAAUUUUGGCUCAGCCAUGGAAAACUGGGGUCUAAUUACCUACAAAGAGGACAAUUUGGUGCAACGGGAUGGUGCGGAUUUACAUAAGAAACUGAAGGACAUACUAACACAAAAUCACGAAAUCGCGCAUCAAUGGUUCGGCAACUUAGUGUCGCCACAAUGGUGGACAUACGCAUGGUUGAAUGAGGGCUUUGCCACAUAUUUCGGUUAUGUAAUUACGGAUUUGCUUUAUCCCGAAUAUAAAACCAUGGAUUUCUUUUUGACCGAUAUAGCUGAGCGCGCCUACAGUUACAACUACAUGACCGUACGUCCGAUGACCUACUACGUAGAGAAAGAGUCAGAAAUUAUAUCUGUUUUCGAUAUCAUAUCCUACCAAAGAGCUGCCUGUGUGAUCAAGAUGUUCCACCACGCUUUUAACCAGAAGACUUUUGUACGUGGCGUUAGCAAUUAUUUGCGUAAAUAUCAAUUUACUGUGGCCAAUGAGUUGGAUUUGUUCGACGCAGUGCAAUCUGCCGUUGCUGAAGACCCCACUUUCAGCCAGGUAGCAUGGAGUCAGCACUCUGUACGCAGUAUUAUGCUCUCAUGGACGCACAGCGAAUGGAUUCCUAUAGUCAGCAUUUCAAGGGACUACGAACAGAAUACUAUCACUAUAAGGCAACGUUCAAAGGACCAGAACUCACGCGAACACUGGUGGAUACCUUUGAACUUCGCAAGCGCUUCUGCGCCAAAUUUUGAGCGUACAAGCGUCGAUUACUUUAUGCCACCCGUGGCUGAGGUGACAUUGAAUGCAAGCGAUUUGGGCAUCGAAUUACGACUAGAUGAUUGGCUCAUUGUUAACAAGCAGCAGACGGGCUUUUACCAUGUACUCUAUAAUGAUGCGAAUCUUUGGCUGCUUGCGAAGCAAUUGCACGACAAUCACACACUCAUACAUCCACUUAAUCGCGCUGCCAUCUUUCAAGAUUUAGGACCACUCAUUGAGAACAACGAAAUACAAUCAGUGGAUGUGAUAUUCGAAUUGCUACAAUAUCUGCAAUACGAGGAGAAUCUUAUACCGUGGAAUCAAGUAGCCGACACAAUCGUGUUUCUAAGCAAGAAUCUGUUUGGUACUCUCUCACACAAGAUGUACCAUCACUUUGUGCGCGAAUUGAUCAGACCAAUGUUCAAACGACUCUUCGAAAUGCCGCUAAAUGAAAACCUCACUAACACCGAGCUGCUGGCGAGACAAAAGAUCAUGGAAAUGGCUUGCUUGGUCGAUCUGAAAGAAUGUCUGGACUACACACAUAAUCUGGCGCACGAGUAUAUAUUCGGUAGUGUGAAACUCGACAACGACAUGAACUAUUAUGCCAUGUAUGAGACCAUACUCUGUCUGGGCGUGAAGUAUCUUAGCGACAAGGAGUUCAAUGAUAUUUUAGAUUUGUUUGCCAAAGCGGAGCGUGAAACACUGUGGUACGAUGAUCUGAUUUAUUCGUUGCGUUGCACCCAGAGCCAAACGCAUCUUCGGCAAUAUCUCAACCUCUUGCUGGGCGAGAAUUCCACCAAAAGCAUUAUGAAUGACAGCGAAUCUAUGAUGUAUUUGUUCUAUUUGUUCAAAAGUAAUCUUGCUGCACGUCCAGUGAUGUGGGAGUUCUUUGAGAGCAAUUACCGCGUGCUCUGCCGUUCGCAAAUGUUUGUUGAAAACUUCAAUCGCAUCGCCGAAUACAUGACGAGACUCUAUCAUAGUCAGUUCCUAGAUUUACGCAAUAAGAUUGACAUAGAACUGCAGAAGGUCGGUCGCGAAAAAAGCAUCAUUGCAGCCGAUUCGAUUCGCAUUGGUAAGAAGGUUAAAAUCAGUGAGACGUUUCUUGAGAAAUUCAACAAUCAAAUUUACGAAUGGUUGAAGCGACGCCAACAAUCUACGUAUGCGGCAUCUUUGGGUGUGCGCAGCAGCGCCGCACAGAUUGGGCACAUGUUUCGUGUGGCGGGGAAGUUCCUGCGCAAUGUGCUUAUCAAGAAGGGUUGAGG